CGAGUACUGAUAUUUGAACUACGCUAGCGCGUCUAACACGAAUAUUCCUAUUUUCACGGAGCGGGAAAACCGUCCGAUUUGAAUUUAAAGAACACCGGAUUCAAAAACACUGUUGACUCGUUGAGAAUCUCUCUGUAAAUGCUUCUUUCGGCUCUCCGGUUUUGUGUUCUCAGGCUUCCAUUGCCGCUUUUAUUGGGCUUGAAUUCUUUCGCAGAGAGAUAUGGAAGGUUUUCAUAGCAUGAAGAGGAAGCAACUGCAAGCGCUAUGCAAGAAGCAUGGCGUACCCGCUAAUUUGACGAACCGUGAAAUGGCGGAUAAGCUUACUUUGCUUCUUGAGGAGGAAGGAGAACCUAUAAAUAAAGGUCAGUCGUGCUCGAAGGACUUGGGGGAAAUAGGCAGUGCAAAUGAUUCUAAGAUGGUGAAUAAGAAUGUGAAGAAAGUUAAGUUUAGUCCAGAUAAUGAAACUUUUAUAUUUGUGGGUUCAGAAUCGGACUCGGAUUCAGAUAAAGACUACACAAUGGUGAAGAAACGGGCGGGCAAGAGAAGGUCUACAGUCAAGCUUCUUUCCAAGAAGCAAGUUCAAGUUGUUGAUAGUGCUCGAGAAAUAGGAGUCUCUGGGAAAAAUAUUGAUCGCCCGGUUCGAAUCACUAGGUCAAGAGCGCAAGUGGUUGGCGGAGACACAGCGCCUUUUGUUGGGAAGAAGAGGCCGAGAAUAGGCACAAAUGUUGAAAGUAUGGAGGUGAACGAUGUUGGGUUUACUGAUAAGCCGCCCGCAGAUGCAGUCUCGGUCGAUGGUGUUGCCGGUGUCAUGAAGUCUCAGGCUAUGGGAAGGAGAGGUCGAAGGAAGACGAGGAACUCGAGACGUAAUGAUGGCGUUGUUUUGUUGGAUGAUGUUUCUGAGGACAAUGUGGAAGAAGGUGCCAAACAAAAGAAAAUGUUGAAGCCAUCAAGAUCGAAUGUGACAAAGGAGAAGGGGUCUUCUACAUUAAGUACGAAAAUGGGGAAAAUUGGUGCUGUUGGUAGGAUAACGAGGUCCCGGACUCAGCUUGACGCUAAAGCUUCUGCAGUUGAUAGUGGGGCUAAUACUGUUGAGGUACAAGUAGAACGUGAAGAGGUUCUUCAACUUGAAGAACCCUUGAAGGGUUUAGGUAGCAAAGGCUUGAAGAAGAAAUCUGUUGGACCCCAGAAGGCGAGGGUGAAAAUCGAUAUCCUUGCUAUGGAAGGUCCUGAACCAGGAAAAGUUCUGAGACGCUCAAAACGAAAUGCGGCAAUUGACGAAGACUCAGAACCGUCGAUAAGGGAUUUAGGAAAAACAAAAGUUAGGACCAGACGGGCUGAAGUCCAGAUUGUGGAGAAAGCUUCUGCAGUUGACAAGGAAAGUGAAAGUCUUGCAGAUCAGAAAGAAUGUGAAGAUGGCGUGAGAGGUCCAGGCAGAGAUGCCUCUAAGCAGGACUUAGUUGUGCCACAGAAGGGUAAAAUGGUGAGCAAAGGACCACUGCUGAAAAAGGAGACUAGAAAACGAUUAAGAAAUGCAGGCGUGGAAGGAAACACAGGAGCUAAUCCGACUGUAGAACCUAGGAAAGAACAUGAGAAGCUUUCCUUACCACAUGGUCGUCCAAGGAGGUCCAACCGCAACAGCUUAAUGCUCACCACCAGUGCCCACAUGGUUGGAGACAUGAGGAAUCGCGAGACUGCUGGAAGAGUUAAGCAAGCACGAGAAUCACUUCAAGAAGAAAAUUUGUAUGCAGUGGAAGAGCCUCUGUCCAGUCCGAAUGCGUCAAGAAACGAUUCAAUUUUCAUCUCUAAUGCUGAUGGAGCAAGAAAGGUCGGGAGGAUGAAGCGAAGACGGGAACCAAACCCAAAAGGAAAAGGUUCGGUCAUUGAAAGUGAAAGCUCAGUUGAAAAAUCUCCAAGACAUUCCACACAUGACGUCUUGAAAAGCGAUGUGGUAGCGGCCAUUGAAGGGCCUUCUCCAAUUGUGGAUACUGGGUCCGCGGUGCUGGACUCUGUAGAUCACCGAAUUCAUCCAGACUCCAGCUGCAUAAAAGAAAUUUCAGGAAAAUCCAUGGGGAAACGGAAGGGAUCCACGAGGAAAUCUAGUGCAAAGAAGGGACUUCGUUUCUUGGAGGUCUCUGCUGUAACUUCUGACUUUGGCGAAGUUAUCGAUACUACCACGACUGUAAACGAAAAGGUGGUCCCAACACCUAUGGAGUUGAAGGGGCUUUCCACGGACCAAUGUGCACAUAAUUCCGUUACUGAAUUAGAGGUGUUCAAUGAAAAGGAAAACGUUUUACUAGGAGAUGUCCAAGGGAAAUUGCCCCUCAAUUAUAUUAGUGAGGGUAACAUGGAUGAUGAGCCAUGUCAGUUAAGCAGCAGAGUGAAUAUUGCGGAUGUUGAUUCGGUUAAACUAGAACCACUAAACAUCCAAAGUAAAGUUGGGAGCGUGGUUUCUUCUGGCAAUGCCUCUCCAGCUGAUUGUUUGCUGCCUCUCUAUCAGUCCUAUUAUAAUGGUGAAGCUUCCAACCUUUCGGAGAUGACAAGAAGAAGAUUGGAAACAGAAGAACCCUUGACAGGCGAAAACAUGAACCUUAGAAAUGAUAAGCAAGAUGGCCAAUCAGAUGGGGAUGACCAAACUUCAGUUCAGGAGGAUCAGCACCUACAAGAUGCGAAUAAAAUUGAUAAACUCAUAAUUCAUGAGAUAGUUGUUGAAGAUCAUCCGAGUGAACUCAGGGAAAUCAGAUGCUCAAACAGAAAAUUUAAACAUACCUCUGAGACAGGUCAAGAAAUUAGUGCACUUGAUCUGUUUGAAGGAGAGGAAAUAGACCAAGUAGAAAUCCUUGCAGGGGUUACGGAAAUGGAGCAAACUAUUUCAGAAGCCAAUCUAUUUAUUACUGAAACUGGCGAAGGAAAACAUGGCCACAGUGAUAUAGCUGCAACUCCGCUUAGACCUGCAUUAGAAAGUCAGGCCGUUUCAGCAAUUAGCAAAGAAGUGAUAGCCAACUAUCUUGGUACUUCCUCACCUAAGAAAGAUGCCCUAGAAGAAGAAGAGAAUCAGCCUGGAGCCCAAAGUACUGCACAAUCCACAACGCUUGAAAGAGGUAACACAAAUCAUGCUGGUGAAGAAAAAUAUUCUAGUUAUGGAAUUGAAACUCCAGAAGAAAGAAUUUGCAUGGGUGAAACUCCUGUAAGUAAUGCGGCGGAGAAAAUGGGGACUGAACUGGGCAUGACAAAUGAAAGCAAGAAUGAAUCAUUGCAUAGUGCGAGAGGAGUACCAGCUUCUGGGGAAGAGCUUUUUGACAGGGUCUAUGAACAAAACUUAAGGAUAGAUGGUGGUUGCCUUCCUAUUUUAGACGGUGGCGUUAGUCAAGGUGCCGAGAAAAAAGAAAGCGACCUCUCAGAUGAAACUAAAGUUACAUUUUUGCAUGAACUUUCUUCUGGGGGAAAAAUCACUCCGAUUGUUCAACAAGAGACGGAUACUGACAGAGUUGAAAAUACUUCGACCUCCAUGGUUGGGUUAAAAUGUCCUGCUGCUGCCAAAGAAGACAGCUCCCCGAGCGAACCCACUUCGCUGAAAGGCAACGAUGAACAAGAGGGAGAAGGGAAUCAUCUUAAAGACCCAUUGCUAUUAUCACACAAUGGAAGAAAUGAUAUUGAGAGUGGUGUUGCUUUGUUGCAUAAAGCGGAAGACUCGGUUUUAACUACUUUUAGGGUUGAUGCUGCAGACGAGAAAACGGAGGCAAGAAGUGCACUAACGGAUUCGAAUGAUGAAAAUCCAAAUGAUGCUGCGGAAGGUGUGGUAGAGCCAUCGUCUUUACUUCAUUUUUCUCUGGAGGAGUCUAAGGGUGGAAACAAGAGUGAGAGUGCAGAAGUGAAUAAUAUUUUGGAUGAGCUCUUAAGCCCAAACAUAGUUGGAGUUCCCAGGGCCGAGAGAAGUGCAGAAGAGAAAGUUACUUCUGGUUUUGAUGAUACUAAGCUCUUGGAGGCAUUAAAUGCAGUGAGUUGUCCAGAAUUAUUCUUGGAGAAGGUUUUUGAUGACGAAGUGGGGGUUAUGCAUAGAAACAGCAAUUUAAAGGCUCUUGAUGAUAUACUUUCAAGUAAAAGCUAUAUGGGAUCAAAGGAUAUUUUCUAUGCUGAAGGACAGAAAAGAGAAUUAUUUGCUGAGUGUUCUCAGCAAGUUGAACUUGGUGACCACCGUGAUGGGGAGGUGGUUGGACUGGCGAGUCAGAGUUCGGAUUCAGGGGACCUUUGUGAUAAUUUUGCUAAAGGGGAAGUUGGGGAAUUUGGUGAAAGUGCACAUGACGAUGAUAGCUGUGGAAUUAGUGCAGCCGUACCAGAUGAAGCAGCUCACACUGUGACCAUGGAAAAAAUGGGUAUUGUUGAGGCAAAACUAGUAGGGAGUUUGCUAACUGUUAGUCCAGUUGAGCAAAAGAAGCCAUAUUAUGGUUGUGGGGAUGAAGUUUUAAAGAUUGAUGCCUCUGCUGUAUGUACUUCAAAUGAGGUCUUACCCAAAGAUAGUGAAGGUAUGGAGGAGACAUCAAGCGGAGUCGUACUAACUUCUGUUCAAUUGGAUGAAGUGAGGUUUGGCAAUCUUGACAAUCAGAUACUAGAAGUUUCUCCAGAGUUGGAUGGAAGUGCUUCCAUUGGUCUAGAUGUCCUUGUGUCCAUGGAUGACAAACCUGCAGAUAGAGUUGAAAAUUUUGAAACUGUGGCUGUAGAUGAAGCUGGUGCAGAAUGUAGUGGGAGAAAAAACGAUUCUGAGAAAGUUGGGGAUGGUGCUAAGCUGUUUGAAGAAGCACUGGUUUCUCCGCAUUUGUUUGAUUAUUCCAGUAAGUGGGAGGAGAAAGAGGCAGAAAAUAUCAAUUCCUUUGCCGAUACCUCUUGUGGUAAAUAUGAAAUUCAUCCAAGUGGUGUAAUUGUCUCAAUUUCAAGUAUUUCUUCAUCACAUGGAGAUGAAGAUGGAUUUGACAGUUUUGUUGAGGGAAACAGCUAUGACACUGAGGGAAAUGAGAUGACUGAUGAUGGUAGAGGAGAUAAUGAAGUUUCACCGGAGGAAAGAGUCAGGGCCCAGAAAAAUGAUGGUCCAGUGGAUGGUAACGUGGAAAAUAGUGCAACAGCCCCUCAAGAAUUGGCCGAAGACCAAGUUGAUGGCCAAAAUGGUGCAGUAACUCAUGCUGAUUUCAAUGGCAUUGAUUGUUUGACUUUUAAUGAGCCUUUACGUAGGAGUAGCGUUGAUGAGACAGAGGAAGGACUUGGUUUUAAUAUGCUUGCGAAGACGGGCGUUGACAGUGCCAGUUCUGAGGGUCCGGGAUAUGCAGAAUUUGAGAAUUCCCAUGUUGUAACUUCAGAGAAAUCUGAAGUGGCUGUUAAUCACGUUGUCCUUCCAACAGUUAUUGCUUUGCCAAGUUUUGCAACUAGAGCUUUGGACUCAAAUGAUGAUUCGCGUGCAUUCACCAGCUGGGGGCUGAAUUUGCUUCUAGGUGGCAGUGAAGAAGAUGAAGUUGAGAAAUCAGGUGGAGUGGACUCAGUUGCCAAUCUAUUGAGUACAACUAGUGAGGAUACCGAGGAAGUGUCAAUGAAUGUGGCAGUUUAUGAACAAAUUGCUGAAGACCAGCAUGGUGCUCAUGAGCAGCAUAUAGUAGAGGAUGUUGCACAGAUGGUAGGCAGUUGCCUUGCUGUCUCAGAUGAGUCUAUCUCUGAAAAUGACAAUGAAUCAAAGAAACAAGGUGAAGUUUUUGCCAUCACGCAAGAGCACGCUGGUUGUGAGAAUGAUGAACAUCUGUUUAUCAAGGUUGGGAUUUCAAGCAGUUCCAUAGAUACUGAGAUAACGGACGCUGCUGACCUUGAUGUCAGUAAUCGUGUUACUGCAGAGGAAACCAUGGCAGAAUGUGGCCACAAUGAUUCAAAACAAGUGCAAAAUAAUGCUGACGUUGGAGAUACAAAGUUUUCAGUUGGAAGGGAUGGAAGCGAACAUAUGGUAGAAGCAAUGGAGAUUGAUGUGCCAAAAAUAGAUGCAACAAUUGAAGAACUAUCUUCUGCUCCCACAAAUAUGGUUGUUGGUAGAGAGAUUGAUGUUGAAUUUGUCCAGACACCACAAUCAAAGUUGGAAUCACCAAAACUGAAGGAAAAGGCCAGUUUGUCUGUCAAACAGUUGAAUUCUUCAGUGGUGAAAGGAACAAAGUUUAAAGCUAGUCUGAUCCCAAGAACGCCCAAGAAUCUUAAUAUGAAAGAGAAUGUGGCAACCAGCAAGAAUGAUCAAAUUGGUAACACUACAGCAGCAAGAACAAUGCCCAAAAGGCGCCCAUUGGAGGAUCUCCAAAACAAUUAGAUUUAAUAGGUCCUGCUUGUUAUUUAUUAGUAAUUUGUAAUUUUGGGUGCAAUUUGGCGAGUUGACUUUGUACUUAGUACUUGAGCAUACCUCAUGCAGUUACUCGUGGACACAGGGAUGUUAGAAUUUGGUAUUUUUGUACAAUUUUUUUUUUCUUUGUGGGGGAUGAUUGUUUGUCUUGAGAGAUUAAAUUCUUUUCUAAAUGUAUGACUAUGGAGAAUUUAGUGAUUAAUAGGACUACAAUUUAUAAA